AUGAUUGUGUUUCUACGAGUAAUUAUUAAUACUAGUUACAACUUUCAAUCCUCAGCUGAACCAUGUGCUGCCAAAACUGGCGCGUACAAGUAUGAAGACGGCACGAAGUAUGUAGGGGAAUGGAAUUCCAAGGGCCAAAAACACGGUAUGGGACAUCUGGUCCUACCUGAUGGUACCAGAUACGAUGGAUCUUUGAUGAGUGGACUAUGUUCAGGACUUGGCGUUAUGUCGUUUCCGGACGGAGCCAAAUAUGAAGGCGAGUUCAUGCAAGGCUGGUUCCACGGUCAUGGAGUAUUUUGGCGAGCUGAUGGUAUGAAAUUUGAAGGAGAGUUCAGAGGCGGGCGAGUAUGGGGACUUGGUCUGGUAACGUUUUGUGAUGGCAGCAAUGGUUUCCCGAGGAACGAGGGUUUCUUCCAAGACUGCAAGAUGAUCCGCCGAAAGAGAUGUUCAGAAGUUGUACAGCGCGCGCAAAAAGUAGCCUACAUGGCUCGUGCACAGUGCCAACAAAUGUAA